CUUACCUUCAACUUCAGAUGAAAGAAUAUAAAAUUAUAAAAUAUAAAUAAUUAUUAAAAUUAAAAGUGGAGCCACUCAUUCAUGUUUUACGUGUUGUAUUAAAAUUGGGAUGUGCUAAUCCAAUGUGAUACUUUAUUAUUUUGUUAUAAGUAAAUUUUUGUGUGAACUGUGAUUAUGACUACUGAACAGAAAUUUCACGCAGCUGUUAAUGUUAUUAGGAGUUUGCCAAAAAAUGGUUCUUAUCAACCCAGCAAUGAGUUGAUGUUGAGGUUCUACUCAUAUUUCAAACAAGCCACUAUUGGUUCUUGUGAGGGAUCUAGACCUGCAUUCUGGGAUAUCGUGGGUCGAGCUAAAUAUGAUGCAUGGAAAAAACUUGGUGAUAUGUCCAAAAAUGAGGCUAUGGCCAGAUAUGUUGAUGAGUUGCAUUCGAUUGUCGAAACGAUGAGUUAUUCCGAUAAAGUAGCGAACUUUUUGGAGGCCCCUACAGAUGAAUUGGAAGCUAUCAAUAUGGAGGACCUAGAAUUGAUAGCUGGGGAUGUUAUGGAAAGAGUGAGGUCACAACCUAAUUCUCCUUUAGGUUCCAGGGAGGUAUCUCCUGUCAGAUUGGGAUCAAAGAGUUCUAGUGUGAGAUCUAGUUGCUCUCCUUCACCUGAUAUCCCAGCAGAUGAAUCUGAUGAUGAAUACAUUGAUACAAUUGAGAAUCCAGAACCAAGAAAAUUCACUAGCAUAUCAGAUUGCCUAGGAACGCUUAACGAACCUAUUCAACACCAACACAUUUCACGAGCAAGAACACGGUCUACUCCGGGUAUAGACAUAUCUCAAGAAAUUUCCAAAGCAGUGCAAAGCUUGAGGAGCGAUAUCGGUAGGUUAACAGAUAGAAUGGACUCGAUAGAGAAUGCCAGUAAAACUAUAACACAAUCAAGACGAAAAGGAAUGUUUGGCGGGAUGUCGAUGCAGCUUAUUGUUUUUAUUGUCACUUGGCCAUUUGUCGCACAUUUAAUCAUGAAUAGAUAUCUCAGUAGGAGAACUUAGUUUCAAUUCUGGAUGAGGUUUAUACUAUUGUAAUUUGAGGUGAAAAAAAAAAUCCUUGAAGGAGAUUGUUUAAAGUGGUGGGUUUAGAUGGUUGUGACAAUUUUCUCAUUAAGAAUAUAAUUUCAUGACAAAAUAGGUAAGGUAAAAGUAUGUAUUGUGCAAUACUUUGGUGGAUUUGCAAUUAGCUACAAAAUGUGAGUAUCAAAUGGGUUUGGAUGGCACAUUUCACAAAGUUUCACUUGAUGAAUAAUAAAAGUGUGGAAUCUGUUUGAAGCAAAUUACCUACCAUAAUGUUAUUUUUUAUUCUCAAUUUCAGUGAUAUGUGAAUAUGGUGUGGAUGUUUUUAAGACAGUUUUAUUGUUAUGUAUAUACAGAAUUUUAUAUCGUAUUUUGGUUUGGAAUAAAAAUAAUAUAAUG